CAAAUCGCCGCCCCCAACCUUCUCCUCUUUUACCACGACUUUGUUCGCUCUACCGGUUGGAGUUCUUCACUGGCACCGUUCUACCCGUUAGAUGUUUUUGCUGUAGAAUUUGCAACUUGGGCACGUGAGCACAGAUUACGUACUUUGCAAGGGGGUUACGCGUCGCUGGGUGUUUUGGAUCGGCUUGGUAACUUGAGUUGAGAAAGAGCUUGGGAGAUUUCUGGGCGUUGAGAAUGGCGUUCUAUAUUGUCGCACCAGUCUGGCGAUUGAGGAUGUUGUUGUCGUUGCUUGUGAUCGCGUUCGUGACGGGGUUGGUAGCUGGUACUUCAGACCCACAAGAUGCACAAGGAAAAGCUCAAGUAGAUUACAAGUUCAAGAUUCAAGAUGAAUCCCAGUCACCUCUACAAGCAUCGCCUGAAGACUUGCCAUCAACACCGCAGGGAAAUACACCAGCCAGCCAUUCCCUCACAGAAACCAACAUCCUCCAAGACCUGUACUCUGCACUAUCAACAAUGCAAGACCACUACUUCGCCAUCUGGCUCGGCAAGUACACCACUGCGAUCGAUUGGACUGGAGCCGUUACCUCAACCUACGUCUCCGCCACGCUCUCCACGCUCUCUUCCACUCUGCCCAAUACUUUCUCCCGGACCCGCAAACAUGAGAUGGAAGCCCUCGUGCACGAAAACGAAAUAAACAAGUACUUUUCCCAAAUCACGGCCUACUAUUUCGGCGAAGACCAUUUCGCAAUCCGCAUGCAAGCCUACGACGACAUGUUGUGGGUAGUCCUAGGCUGGCUCGAAGCAAGUACAUUCAUCGAAACGCAUUCUUCAUCCCACUAUUCCUCCUCCUCUGCUGCCUCAACCAGCCAAUCAGAAAAAUUCUGGCACGCCCACCAAUUCAUCCCAGCCUUCGCCCACCGCGCACGCAUCUUCUACGAACUCGCUGAGAAAGGCUGGGACUGGCGCCUCUGCGGGGGAGGCAUGACAUGGAACCCCUCCCUCCUACCGUACAAGAACGCAAUCACAAAUCAACUCUUCAUCUCCGCCAGCAUAAACAUGUACCUGCACUUCCCCGGCGACGAAAACUGUUCACCUUUUUUCUCCCAAUCGCGCUCUUCCUCCUCCAACCACAGCAAUAGCGUUAGCAGGCAAGACAACGACGACGACGACGACGACGACGAUGGCUGCCUCGACAACCCCCACACCCGCCCCCGCUACUCCCCCAUCUACCUUGCCAACGCCAUAAACGGGUACACCUGGCUCCAGCAAAGCGGCAUGCAAAACGCCCAAGGCCUAUACACUGACGGCUUCCACAUCGGGGGAUACCGCAACAAUCACAGCAAAACUGUCUGCGACGACCGUAACGAAAUGGUCUACACAUACAACCAAGGCGUUGUGCUCUCCGGAUUACGCGGGCUUUGGGAAGCCACGGGGGAAACGAGGUACCUGGAAGAUGGCCAUGAGCUUGUGCGAAACGUUAUACGUGCCACUGGCUGGGACGUCGCCUCCCCAGCACCAUCUUCUUCUAAAGCUAAAGCUAAAGCAGAAGGGAAAGAGGAUGAGAAAUGGCACGGUCUUGGAGCAAACGGUAUCCUGACCGAACUCUGCGACCCCGCCGGCCACUGCAACCAAGACGGUCAGACUUUCAAAGGGAUAUUUUUUCACCACCUAACUGCGUUCUGUGACCCUUUGCCCCGGAAGCCAGCAAGACGUGGUAAAACGUAUGGUGCGAGUAAGUCGGUGGCGGCGUUGCAUCGGAAUAGUUGCAAGGGGUAUACGGAGUGGGUGGUGCACAAUGCACAAGCUGCGUUGGCUACGAGGGAUCGCGAGGGUAGGUUUGGGGGUUGGUGGGAUGCGAAGGAAGGGAAUGAGCGAGAGGGGUUGGAGGUUGAGGUUGGGGUCAAUGCGACGGAUUAUCGGAAUGGGGAUGUGGGAGAAGGGGAGGAGAGGGAUGUGUAUGGGAGGAGGGAGAAGGCAAGGUUUACAGAGAGACGGGUAGGUGAGGAUUUGAAUGAUCGGGGGAGGGGUCGCACGAUUGAGACGCAGGGGAGUGGGUUGGCGGUCGUUCGUGCUAUGUGGACUUUUCUCUGGCGAGAUGAGGUGGGGGUGUUUGAGUAGGAUGGAUGGACAUGGGGUUGAUGUAUAUACACAGAUAUCAAGAUGUCAUGACUUUGCAAUGCUGUAG